UGUCGGAGAAGGCUGUGAAGGACCCCGGCGUCGCCGCCGCCGGCUCCGUCCCGGCGCCAUGCCUAACAAGAAGAAGAGCAAAGAUGGCGACGACAAGGAGGGGGCCAAGGAGACGUCGGAGCGGGCCGAGAGUGAGGCGCUUGAGAUGAAGUUGCCGCCCAACCCGCGCCGCCUCUCCGGCAUCUCCAUCGACAGCGAGGACUCCACCAAGAUGGUCGAGGUUAAGACGGGCUGCUGCGGCAUGGACCCCACCACAGGACGGGGGAAGCAGCUCCACCUGAUCCAGAUGCUGCUGCUGCCUUUCAUCCCCAUCAUGGCGCUCAUCAUACAGAACGUGGUGAACAUGGUCACUGUGCUGGAGUCUCAGGCAGACAUGCAGAAGACCAUCGAACAGGUGCAAAUCAGUACCGACCUGGGCAACGUCACGGAAGCCCUGCAGUCUGAGCGCGCCGAGAUCGCCUUCUUCCUCUUCACCAACGGCUCCGUGAUCCGGCGGAACCUCUCCGAGCACUUCCAGUACACCAACCAGCUGAUCGACAACUUGCAAUGGCCGGAGUUCCGGAUCGACGACAAACUAUUCCUCAACAAGUUCCUGUUCCGGAUUCGCUUGGACGACUUCAGGGACAAGAUCAGGAAAUUCGACACGCCCUCCAUCGAUGCCGGAAUAGCGUUCUACAACAGGGCCAAUUAUAUCUUUCUGGAUCAGCUCACUCGGGAGAUCAAGGAGAAAGACGCCAGCGGCGUGUGGCGUCCGCUCCUCGCCUACAAGAACAUGAUCCGUGCCAUCGAGCAUCUGGGCAUCAGCAUGGUGUUCGGCGAGCAGUACUUCGGCAGGGGCGACCUGGACCAGAGCAGCUACAUCGAGUUUGUUACUAACGACGCGCUUGGACAGGACUUCCUCAACAGCAGUCAGAACUUCGCAUACUGGAUCAAAGAUCGGUACGUGCAGCUGCAGAGUAUGUACCCCUGGUACUCCAACAUCACCCGACGACGUCACGAAAUUUUGCUGCGAGAGAAGAUUGACCCCGACUUUGAGAAAGCUACGGAGUACUUUUAUGCCAUGCUAGGGUACCUCGACGCCCUGAAGACGAUCCAGUACGAGAUCCGGCACGAGGUGGAGAACACAAUUCGGGAGGGCGUGCGGGCGCUGAACUCGGAGGUGGUGGUGGGCCUGGCGCUGCUGGUCAUCGUGCUGCUCAUCUCCCCCAUCAUCAUUCUCCUGGUCCGCAUGGUCACCAGGACGCUACAGGCGUUCUCGGAAACACUCCUGGAAAAGACGCAUGAGCUAAGCAACGAGAAGAAGAGGUCCGACAAACUGCUGUACCAAAUGUUGCCGCCGACGGUGGCUCAGCAGCUCAGGCAGAGGAAGCAGGUGUCGACGGAGGUGCACGAGUCGGUGACGGUGUACUUCAGCGACAUCAUCGGCUUCUACGAGCUCGCCGCUGAGAGCACACCGCUGCAGGUGAUCUCGCUGCUCAACGUCAUCUAUAAGAUGUACGACUCACAGAUUGACUGUUAUGACGUGUAUAAAAUCGACACCGUCGGCGACGCGUACAUGGUCGCCAGUGGACUGCACAUGAGACGGCCCGACACGAAUCACGCGGCGGAGGUGGCCCACAUGGCCCUGGACCUGCUGACGGGCACAGAGAACUUCGUCAUCCCGCACAUGCCCGGGGAGAAGCUCAAGAUCAGGAUCGGAAUCCAUACGGGCCCGGUGGUGGCUGGUGUGGUCGGCACUAAGAUGCCGCGCUACUGCCUGUUUGGCGACACCGUGUCAACCGCCUCACGUCUGGAGUACACAGGCCAACCGUUCAAGAUCCACAUCUCAAGCGCGACCCGCAGCAUGUUGGAGCCCACGCAGGGAGGCUUCAUCGUGGUGCCACGUGGAGAGGUGGACGUGCACAGGAACAAGCCGAAGAUGGAGACGUUCUGGUUGGUGGGUCGCCACAACGACACUAAAAAGCGGAAGGAGAAGAUGGAACGAGAGAACAGCACGAAGGUCAGCGGCAGCAAGAAGAAGAAGGGCAACCCGUCGGUGAUUAAGAAGAUCCUCUGCAAAUAACGCGUCCCUACGUUGACACAGCUGAUGGUGGCUUCGCGGAGACACCGGCGUUGAAAGGUUGUUUAGAGCGGAGGAUGGCUUUGGUUCGUGAGCCGAAGCGACUUCGCCAAGCGGAAAAUUUGUUGCACUAUGUAGGUAUGCGCAGGCCGACGUGGCCAUGGAACUUCGCACAAUAUCAGUCAGUCUUCCCGCCCUGUUUGUCGUCUUCGUUGAGUUACUGUGAGCGGUUCCCUGAGGGAACACUGGACGACACGGGAUAAAUGGUGGACAGUGUACGCCGCUGUGGCAGCCGCGUUGUUGGUACCAUGCCAGUACCAAAUAUUCAGAGCCCUCGAUGAUCACUGACACACUGGUAGAUUGUGGUAUCCUCCAGGCAAAACAGAAGGUGUUUUGAGGCGCUUGGGCGAGACUUUGCUUUGUUCUCAAAGUCCCCAGUCUAAGCUGGCUGAUUUGACGACCUUCGCCUCUUUGACGACCUUUUCUAUUUGAACAGAAGCUACUUGAACAGAGGAUUGAAACUACUGUGACGGCGUACACUUGGGUGUGAUUAUCAAGACGCUGACCUGUCGAAGUAGUUUUUAGCUAUUUUUCACAAAUACUUGCAGGAAAAUCCAUAGUUGGAUUGCCAUGUUUUCGGUACAGACUUGUCCGAGCAUAGAAAUUUUACGAUUGUCCUAGAACAUAAGCCAUACAUUGCAGUUGACCGUGGAUGCGACAGCCUUAAGAGAAUGAGGAUCAGCUGGCACUUUUUCUUCGCCAGCCCCUUAAAAUACAGAAUCGGGUGAACACAGGCUGCAGUCGCCAGUGCCGCGUAAGGCCCCAUUUGUGCCGAGAAAGCUUAAAAGUAUAAGGAAGUUGCUGGGACAAAACUGUCAAAUCUUGCAUCUGUCGAUCGGGAGACGUUUGAAUUAUGCUUUUCUGAAUAAAGUUAUCGAAGCUGCUGAAAUACUUGCCACCCGCUGUUGUCCACCAAUCAAUAUUAUGUCACCAUGCACAAGUCUGCUCCUGGAAGGGUAAUAGAUUAUAGGAUCAUGAUUUCAU